AUGGAUAAUUCCAGGACCCCCACCGUUGUCAAUUCCCCUGAUUCUGAAACAGAGACUCCGAUCGGGUCCCAUCCAAGCAGGUCAAUUCCAAUCAACAGAGGCGUCCUCAGACGCCUCCCGUCUAUCUCUCUCCGUCAUCGGUCGCCAUCUCUGCUGCCCAGGUCUGCCGACGAAGUCAUCUACAAGGAAUGCCAGAAGAACCACGCCGCCGCCAUGGGCGGCCUCUCCCUGGACGGCUGCGGUGGUUACAUUGCACCCCUCUCUGCUGACCCAUCAAACCCCAUCACUCUGAAAUGCAUGGUCUGUGACUGCCACCGUAACUUCCACCGCUGUGAAAAGGAUGACUCCCCGGCGCCGGAGUAUGUUCUCCUUGGCCACCACCAGCCUGCGCCGCUGCGUAGCCACGGCAGUCAUCUGAACCCCAACCCCGACUCUCCUCCUCCUCCUCCGCCGCCCAAUUCAUCCUCCUAUUACCACCACCCACCGGCCCCUCACACUGCUCUGUCUCUUAACUCUGCUCGUCCUACUGAUAACCGCCCAUCUGAAGUGGCGGUGCCCGUGCAGGUUGUUAGUUUCUCCGCCGAUUUCAGCAGGAAGCGGCACAGGACGAAAUUCAGCUGUGAGCAGAAAGUGAAGAUGCAGGAACUUGCUGAGAAGUUGGACUGGAGGAUGCAGAGGAGUGAGGAGGACCUGAUCGAAACUUUCUGUCGUGAUGUUGGUGUGGAGAGGAGUGUGUUUAAGAUCUGGAUGCAUAACAAUAAGACCACAUUGGGGAAGAGAGGUGCAGCUGGAAAUGGUGUGGCUUUGGGCACUGAAAUCACCAACAGCCUCAUGAUCGAGGGAAACAAUGAUGACAUUACUAGCCCUCAUCAUGAAAAUGUGGCUAAUGGGUCUUCGUCUUCUUCGUCUGAGCAUUAA